UAACUGAAAUUUCUGAAAAGUUGGGCAUCCAUGCAAAUGCAUACACUGUACGUACGUCAUCCUUGUUUCACGUUGCUCGAUCGAUCUGAUCUAUUCGAUCCGCAUAGCUAGCUUAGCCUGCUAGCAUUGUUAUAUAAACGUACUUCAAUUCCUUCAUCUACAAUAUAAUAAUCCAAACCCACCCAUCAUCUCACAUCCCCGCCCCCCCAUCGUUCUUCUCUUCUUCGAUCCUACAUACUGUAACAAUAAAUGAAAUAAGGAAAGAAGGGGGGUGGGUUAUUAAUUAAUAAUAACCAGGAGAAAGAUGGCGGGUAACAAUAUAGCCAUUACUUUGGUAUCCCUCAUCUUAGUGGUGGGUGUUGUGUGCGGAGCCGUUUUGGUCUUACAGGGCGUUGACGAUGCAUCCUCUGGCAAGGGCGAUCAUGGUGUUUCCACAGGUUCCAUGAAGUCUGUCACUACAUUCUGCCAAUACGCCGAGUAUAAAGACGUAUGCGCCAAGAGUAUCUCUCACGUCGCUAACAACCACUCCGCCACCACUAAGGACUUCAUUUUUGCUGCUAUUAAGGCUACGCUGGAGGAAGUCCACAAAUCCCACCAGCUUGUGGUUAACACCAAGAUUGAACAGAGCACCGACCCUUACAAUCAUAUGGCCAUUGAGGAUUGCAAGGAAAUGCUCCAAGAUGCCAUUGAUGACCUUCAAGCUUCUAUAUCUGUUGUUGGUGACACCGAGCUUCACACCCUCAAACAUCGCGCCGACCAGCUUCUCAACUGGAUGUCUGCGGUGUACGCUUACCAAACUACCUGCACCGAACAAAUUGAAUCUCGGUUAUACAAAUCUGCCAUUGAGGAUGGCAUGAUCAACGCCACCCAGCUCACCAAUAAUGCAAUCAAUAUCAUCGCUGAGAUGUCUAAGCUCCUAAAGGCAUUCAACAUCACAACAACCACCGACUUACUUCAUAAGGCAGCUGACAAAAAUAACAACAACAACAACAACACUACCUCUCGUCGCCUCCUCCAAACUGACCAUUUCCCAGAGUGGUUCCCUAUUGCAGAUAGGAAACUUUUGGCCGCACAAAGAAGAGGGAAUUUGAGGCCUAAUGUGGUGGUAGCCAAGGAUGGUAGCGGCCAGUUUAAGACCAUUACUGGGGCACUAAAGUCAUACCCACCAAAGCACAAAGCCAAAUACGUCAUAUAUGUGAAGGCUGGAGUGUACGAUGAAAUUGUGGAGGUUGGCAAGAAAAUGAAAAACGUUUUCAUGUACGGAGAUGGUGCUGGGAAAACUAUUAUCACUGGCAAAAAGAACUACGCCCACAUGAAAAUCACCACCUCAAAAACAGCCACAUUCUCGGCUCUUGGGAAAGGGUUCGUGGCACGAGGAAUUACCUUCCGCAACACCGCAGGUCCAGAAGGGCAUCAAGCGGUGGCUUAUCGUAGCCAAUCUGAUAUGUCAGCCAUUUUUGACUGCUCCAUUGAAGGAUACCAAGAUACACUAUAUUACCACACCUAUCGCCAAUUCUACCGCAACUGCGUCAUCUCCGGCACCAUCGACUUUAUCUUUGGCAAGGGGACUGCACUCAUCCAGAACAGCAUCAUCAUUGCCAGGAAACCCUUGGUACAUCAAUUCAACACCAUUACAGCUGAUGGUAAAGAGUUGGCCAAGGCCAAAGGUGGAGUGGUACUCCAGAACUGCAGAAUUGUUCCUGAAACUGCGCUUAACCCAUUGAGGUUCAAGGUAAAAACUUAUUUCGGAAGACCUUGGAAGGCUUACUCCACAACCGUGGUGAUGGAGAGCCAAAUAGGUGAUUUGUUGAGCCCUCUUGGAUGGAAGAUUUGGGAUGGGGAGAAUUUUGAGAAGACUUGUAUGUAUUAUGAGUAUAAGAAUAGCGGACCAGGUGCAAACACCUGGAGGAGGAACAGAGCCUUCAAGAAAUUUGACGUGCUUGGUCCCAUAAGAGCUCGACAUUUCACUGCUGGACUUUGGCUUGACGCAAACAGCUGGUUGCCUGCCACUGGAGUACCUUUCGCCAUUGGUUACACUAAAUAAGUAUAUGUUUGGAUGAAAUUCGUUCGGGUCGCAUGUAUACAUUUUAUUAAAUAAUAAUAAUAAUUUCAUUUAUAUUGGUUAAUUAUAUAUAUUUU